AUGUACGCAGAGGCAAACCCUGCCGGAGGAUACUUCGAGAAUUACGACGAUCCUGGCGACGGUUAUGUGGACGAGGAGGAGGAGGGCGAGAUUCCAUUGGCCGAACGCGAAUUGGCUGAAGACGCAGAGUGGAAGCUGAUUCAAAAGAACACCUUUACUAGAUGGGCCAACGAGCACUUGAAGAAUAAAAGCACUUCAGUAGACGACAUUCAGUUUGAUUUCGCCGAUGGUUUAAGAUUGAUUGAUCUGAUUGAAUCGCUCUCGGGCCAGAAGUUUCGUCAUGUUAAUCGAAAACCAAGUUUUCGUACCCAGAAGUUAGAGAAUGUAACGAUGGUGCUGAGAUUUUUGGAAGAGCAGGAGGGCCUACGGCUGGUCAAUAUAGAUAGUACCGACAUUGUCGACUGUCGAUUGAAGCUUAUUUUGGGAUUGAUUUGGACCCUCAUUCUUCACUACUCCAUCACGCUGCCACUAUGGGAGGGCGAAGACUAUAAUCAGGGCAGUUCUGGUCCCACUCCCAAACAGCGGCUACUCGCUUGGCUUAACUCUAAGCUGAUGGAGCGUCCAGUGAAGAACUUCACCACUGACUGGAACGACGGUACCGCGAUCGGUGCGCUGGUUGAUGCCUGCGCUCCGGGUCUGUGCCCUGACUGGAGGGACUGGGAGCCGAAACAGAAGUUGCGCAACGCCACCGAGGCUAUGAAUGCUGCGGAACAGUGGUUGGAUGUGCCCCAACUCAUCAGACCUGAGGAGAUGAUUAAUCCUCGAGUCGAUGAGAAAGCCAUGAUGACGUACUUGAGUCAAUUUCCCAGUGCCAAGUUAAAGGAUGGUGCUCCUCUACGACCACGUGCCAAUCCAGCCAGUGUGAGAGCUUAUGGUCCAGCCUCACCACCGGAAGCAUACGUGAGGGGAGGUUCAAGUUUUGCCUGGGUUACACCCAACACCCUAGGGUCCAAUCAUAUCCGCCGGCAGCCAGCUGAGCAUGAAAGCUCUUAUCUUGCCUCAGGGUUUCAGUAUCUCAUCGAGGUCAGUGUUAAUCACGCAGUCUUGGCUGAAACCGCGCGUCGAUUUUGUCAUCAGCGGUGGCCUCGACACAAGGGAGAGGGUAAACAUCACGACAGUGUGGAAUUUCGUGGUCUGGCGGUGUGCGCCUGUUUCUCACGACAGCGCUUUGCUUGCCUCCUCUUCCUCCUUGGCCCUCGGUCACCGGCGCCAAGGACACAAUUUAAAGUGUUUGCAGAUAACGACACCGACAUUGAUUGGGAGUUGCCUGACAAUCAUCUUAGUACCAGUCUUGAGCCUCGUGGAAAUAAGGUGGGAAUGUCGGCACGAUUUACGAUUGACGCCUCCUCGGCUGGAAAGGGUUCUGUCGAGGUGAUUGUUCUCAAUCCAAAAGGUCAACGAGAACCGUGUGACAUCGUUCCAAACAUGGACAGACCGAACACCUACUCCUGUGCCUAUGUGCCAACUCAAGCAGGGGAGUACAGAGUCAUAAUCAAAUUUGCCACCAAGGAGAUCAUGAAUUCACCCUUCAAGGUCAUGGUUGAAGGGGCUGCAGAUCCAAGUAAGGCCUCCGCCUCUGGACCCGGUAUUGAACCACAAGGCAAUCAAGUGGGACGUAGAACCUUCUUCAACAUCUUCACUACCGUUGAGGUAGAAAAGGAGGGUGCUGGGGAAGGCAUCGCUGAUUGUGUUAUAUUGGAUCCCCAAGGGCGACAGGAUGUCAUCAAGCCCAACAUCACUCGUCAAAGUGAGGACAACUACUUAGUGGAGUACACACCUAAGGUGGAGGGUCUGCACUCCGUGAACGUCUUCUUCGCGGGUCAACAAAUUCCCAACUCACCUUUCGGUGUAAUGGUCGGACCGCAGGCAGUAGCUUCACCAAGGAAACCUUCUUUACCACAACAUGCAGCUAUGCAAGAAGCAAACACCCCUCAGCAGCCACAGAUGAAGGAGGUUGUAAAAGGUUCGUUCAUCGCUUCCACUUUAGUUCCUCCGCCACCUCCUCCUCCUCACCUUGAAGGAUAUGGAGGAGGUGGUCUCAACACUCCAUUGAUAAUUAAAAAUUUGCCUUAUUUCUUUCAACUCAUUUUGCCAGACCUUAAGACCCUCUUUGGUCGUAAGCAACCCCAGGAGGGGAGCACUGAAUAUCUACAAGAAGGUCCAAUUGACGUUGCUGGUGUAAAACCACUGACCGCUACAAAAACGCCAGUUUUGGCAUCAGAGCCACCAAUUAGUUCACUCAAGCGUCCGAGCAAUCAAAUAGCGCCACCUUGGCAGCCAGCAUGUGACGCUAAACAGGCCUAUGCAACGGGUCGUGGCAUUCAGCCUCAUGGAGUUAGAGUGCAGGAUCUCGCGGACUUUAAAGUACAUACUGAAGAUGCUGGUGAAGGUGUGGUCGAAGCUGCGGUCGUUGGACCAAAUGGCCGUGAGGAGAAGUGUCAACAGAGAAAGAUAGGGCCAUACACAUACGAAUGCGUCUACACCCCACAACAGGCUGGACCGCAUACUGUCAAUGUGCGCUACGGCGGUGAUCACAUCAUGUUGAGUCCCUUCAAGGUGGAUGUGGCACCCUACAAGGAGACUCGAAUUCGUGCCUUUGGUCCUGGCCUUGUCAGUGGUAUUGUCAACAAGCCGGCUGUCUUUGUGGUGGAGACCAAUGGAGAGACGGGAGCUCUAGGCUUCUCGAUUGAGGGCCCAAGUGAGGCUCGAAUUGACUGCGCGGAUAAUGGAGAUGGCUCUGCAACAGUGGUCUACUGGCCGACUGUCCCGGGUGAAUAUGCUGUCCAUAUCCUCUGCAACGACGAGAACAUUCCUAAAUCGCCAUACAUGGUACCAAUUUCAGCUGACACCGGAAAAUGCGAUCCCAAUGCGGUUAAGUGCUACGGUCCUGGUCUCUCACCUGGGGUGGUGGCCGGUAUCCCCACAGAGUUCACCAUUGAUGCGCGUGACGCGGGUGGACCAGCACCCUUUGGCUGCGAGUUGCGGGACGAGACUGGUGAACCAGUCCCAAUUCGAGUGCGUGACAACGGCGAUCUUACCGCCACCUGCACCUACACGGCAAAACGACCCAAGAAACACACUGUCAUACCUACCUACAACGGCGUUGCCGUACCACGUGCGCCUUUCAGGGUAGACGUUGCAGAGCCCUGUAACCCUGGGAACGUUCGUGUAUACGGUCCAGGGGUUGAGUCCAUCACGCGAAACGAGCCAACUCACUUCACCGUGGACUGCAGACAAGCAGGACCUGGUAACGUCGGUAUUAGUGUCAGAGAUGAGGCUGGACGUGAUGUUCCCAUGGACACAAAGGACAUGCGGGAUGGCACGUUUAAAGUGUCCUAUACACCUACUACUGCUGGACCGACUUAUACUGUUCAAGUUUUCUUCGAGAACACCGAAGUCCCCAGAAGUCCUUUCAAAGUGCCUGUUAAACCGAAUGUGGAUAUGAGCCGAGUGCGAGUUGAUGGAUUGCCAUCAACCAUUCCUGUUGGUAAACCGACGACAUUCGACGUUGUGACGGCAGGCGCUGGUCCACCCAGUGCUCCUAAACCUCGACCUAAUGUGAUCGUCAAGGCCCCCAACGGAAUGAGAGUACCAAGUCAACUAAUUGAAUCGCCUGAUGGCUAUGAGGCAACCUUUACUCCCACACAAGCUGGUCCACAUCAAGUAGCUGUCGAUGUGGCCGGAGCUCCGGUUAGGGGAUCGCCCUUUCCCUGCAGUGCAGUACCCACUCAGGAAGCACCUAUCACUACCGCUAAGCAGCCUGCAGCUUUCGCAGCUCAGCAAGAUCCAUCCGGUCUUGUUCGAGCCUAUGGCGACGGUUUGCGUCGGGCCACUGCUAAUUUACCAGCCCACUUCACCAUCGAUAGUCGUGAGGCUCCACCUGCACCACUUUCGGUGACUAUUGAGGGUCCAGCAGAAGCACAGAUCAACUACACCGAUAACGGAGAUGGGACCUGUGGUGUGGACUACCUACCUGUGGAACCGGGUCCUUACACCGUUAAUGUCCUCUAUAAGGAUAAGCAUGUUCCCGGCAGUCCCUUCCCCGUUCAAGUUACUCCCUCUGGAAGGGACAUGGUGGAUGUGUCAAAAGUUAGAGCCUAUGGUCCUGGACUUCAACCCACGGGUGUAUUCAAGGAGUCCUUCGCAAAAUUCACAGUGGAUGCCAAACCCAUUGAUCCUGCCGGUCGCGGUGUUGUAAAAGCCAUUGUCGUCGACCCAAUGAAACAGAGGACAGCCUGCAUCGUCCAAAACCAAGGUGAUGGAACGUACAAAUGCAGCUACUCACCCCUUCUUGACGGUCUGCAUCAAGUGGAAGUAUUCUACGAUGGAAUGCCAGUUCCUGGAAGUCCAUUCAAAGUUCAUGUCACACCAGGAUGUGAUCCGUCAAGAGUGCGCGCCUAUGGACCAGGCUUGGAAGGUGGCUAUACUCACGAACCUCAACACUUCACCAUCGAUCUGGAUGGUGCUGGUCAAGGUGGUCUCGGAUUGGCGCUUGAGGGUCCUGCCGACGCUCAAAUCAACUGUGUGGACAACAAGGAUGGCACAUGCUCUGUGGAAUAUCUUCCAACCAAAGCUGGCAACUACGAUAUGUUUAUCAAACUCAACGAUAUGGAUAUUCCUGGCAGUCCAUUUAGCAUCCCCAUUCGUGACAGAGUCGACCCCAAUAAGGUACGAUGCUACGGUCCAGGGUUGGAACCCAAUGGUGCCAGAGCUGGCGUUCCGGCCACAUUCACCGUGGAUGCUAGUCAAGCUGGUGAAGCACCAAUUGCUGUGUCUCAUACCAAUCGAAACGGACGCAAGAUCCCCGCCAAUAUUGUUCCUCGUCAAGGUCAACCGGGAGUCUACGAUGUAACCUAUAUGCCAGAGGAUGAAGGAUCGUGUCAGAUAGAGGUGAAGUUGAAUAAUUGCCAAGUACCGCGUUCACCAUUCAUGCAGAAUGUCCUACCAGCCUGCGAGCCGCAUAAGGUCCGCGUCACUGGCGAGGGUGUACAUCCCAGCCGUUCUGAUGGUCUUCCAGCCAGUCAACCAACCACCUUCCAAGUGGAUACGCGUGAAGCCGGAUCCGGCGACUUGGAGUUGACUGUCACUGACUCUGAACAGCGCCCAUUGCAACUUGAGGUUGCAGACCACGGAGAUGGUGUCUACACUUGCCAAUAUCAACCAGAAGAAGCCUGUUCUCACUACGUUGAUGUCAAAUUCGGUGGUCGUGAAAUUCCUGAGAGUCCAUAUUGCGUUAAAGUUCAUCCUGUUGGACGUCCAGACCUGUGUCGAAUAGAAGGUGGCAAUGAUCCACGAGUUCCCAUCUUCCAACCUUGCGCAAUCACCGUCAAUCCGUUGGAUGCGGGUAUGGGUAAGGUGAUGGGAAGAGUGGUUACUCCCACUGGCCAACCAGCUGAGGUUCACACAGUUGCAUUGCCAAAUGGAAAGAUCAAUGUCUGCUACACACCACAAAUGCUUGGUGAUCAUAUGGUGGAGAUCUUUUGUGGUGGGCAGGUCAUUCCUGGUGGACGGUUCAACCAGAAGGCUGUGAAUCUUGACGAGCUGAUUCAGCCUGUACCGGAAGAACGCGUGGAACGCUUCCCUCUUCAAACAAUGCAUUCAACAACACUAACUCAGUACCACGAAUCAACAAAGACUACCGGCUACUAUCCCAUUGACUUCAAACUACCCGUUGGAUCCAAAUUCGGCAACCUAGAAGGCGUUGUCCGUACGCCUGGCGGCAGAUCGAUUCGCCCAACUCUAAUAGAUAAUGGAGAUGGCACUGUCACAGCCCAAUUCCAGCCGACCGAGGAUGGCCUUCAUGAACUGGAUAUCACCUUCAAUGGUACUCCGAUAGAAGGCAGUCCUUUCCGAUUCUACGUAGAACCGGUUGGUUCGGGUCGUGUAACCGCCUACGGACCGGGACUUAGCCAUGGACGUGUUGGCGAACCGGCGGAAUUCACUCUUGUCACCAGAGAAGCAGGAGCAGGUGGCUUGUCAAUCGCUGUUGAGGGACCAUCAAAGGCCGAAAUUGUCUGCCGUGACAAUAAGAACGGGACAUGCUCGGCCAGUUACCUUCCUCUUGCACCUGGAGAGUACACUAUCUCAAUUAAAUUCAUGGAUCAGCACAUUCAAGGCUCUCCCUUCAUCGCCAAUAUCAUGGAGGAUCCAAUGAGAAUGACUCAAGUGAUGGUGGGCACGACCAGCGAGGUUCCUCUGCGCGUUUCCGAGACAGAUAUCUACAACCUCACCGCCACUGUCACCAAUCCCUCGGGCAUUGAACAACCCUCCAUGGUGAAACGUCUACCUAAUGGACAUUUAGGAAUUUCAUUUACUCCUCGUGAAAUCGGUGACCAUUUGGUUAAUGUCUUCCGCAACGGUCGACCAAUUCCCAACAGUCCUUUUAAGAUAUACGUUGGUGAAUCGGAACUUGGUAACGCUUCGCGUGUUCGUGUGUAUGGUCGCGGCCUUCGUGAGGGUCUGGCCAAUCAGAAUUGCCAGUUCACCGUCGAUACGCGUGAUGCAGGUUUUGGAGGCCUUAGCCUCUCAGUGGAGGGACCAAGUAAAGCCGAUAUUGAAUGUCACGACAACCAGGACGGCACCUGUCUGGUUACAUACCGACCCACUGAACCUGGCACCUAUAUAAUUCAUAUAAAAUAUGCUGAUGAACCAGUUCCUGGGAGCCCUUUCGCUGUGAAUAUCGGUGGUCACCCAUCUCCUCGUAUCAUGGAGAGAAUUACUAGGCAACGAGAAGUCGCCGAAACAACACACGUGGGCAGUCAAUGCGAGAUGAACCUCAAGAUUCCUGGUGUAAAUGUCCUUGAGAUGACAGCCAUAGUGACAAGUCCUUCAGGUCGAACUGAGCGAUGCGUAAUCACCGAACUUGAUCCGGCCAACUAUUGCAUUCGUUUUGUGCCCCAAGAAAUGGGUGUGCACACUGUCUCUGUCCGUCAUCGGAAUGUUCACAUACCUGGAAGUCCCUUCCAAUUCACUGUUGGACCGAUUACUGAUGGAGGCGCAAACAAAGUACGGGUCAUUGGACAGGGUAUCCAACGAGGCUACAUCAACCGCAAUAACGAAUUCAACAUUUACACUCGUGAAGCCGGUGCUGGCAAUCUCUCCAUCGCUAUCGAGGGACCGAGCAAGGCAGAAAUUGAUUUUGAGGCAAGCUACUACACACUGAAGCAGGAUCGAAAGGAUGGUUCCUGCUGUGUUUCUUUCCGUGUAUCAGAACCGGGCGAAUACUUCUGUUCCAUCCGAUUUAAUGACGAGCACGUACCAGGUUCGCCGUUCCGAUUGGAAAUUGAAGAUCCCAGCGGAUACUAUGCCACCGAGAAUAGGCAACUUAGUGUAGCAGCCGUGCAGGAUCGAGGAUUGCAGAUUGGUGUACCUAUGGCCUUCACGGUGAACUACACAGGGGCAAGAGGUCGCCUUCGUGCCUAUGUGGUGACUCCCUCAGGCCGGGAAGAACCUGCUGUCGUCCAUCCCGUCGAUGUGGAUCAAAAUGCAGUGCGAUUUACGCCACAAGAAAAUGGUCCACAUCUGGUUCACGUGCUGCUGGAUGAACGACCCAUUCCUGGAAGUCCCUUCCGUGUUCUCGUGGGUCAGGAUGACUUCAGUGAUCCUGGCCUUGUGACUGCUUCCGGUGACGGUCUGGUUCGAGGUGUCGUCGGCGAACGAAGUCGUUUCUUCGUGAAUACAGCCAACGCGGGCAGUGGGGCGCUCUCCGUAACAGUGGACGGACCCAGUAAGGUGCAACUAAACUGUGCCGAACGCAUGGAUGGCUACGAAUUCAGCUAUACACCCUAUGCUCCCGGCACCUACAAUAUCACCAUCACUUAUGAUGGACAACCCAUCGUCCAUUCACCCUUCAGAGCCUACGUCACUGGGGAUGCAGUUUAUGGGUACAGUGAAGACACUGCCCAGUUGAUAGUGAAUACCAGCGGUCGGUUGGUCACUGGACCGCAACGCUCCAUGGGAUAUUCCCGAGCUGAUGCUGUCACCUGUUCUGGCACGGGUCUAACUCAUGCCUACAUUGGAUCGACCAACACCUUCACUGUCAACGCUCAAAACGCUGGCAAUGAUGUUCUCUAUGUUGGGGUGUCUGGACCAAUCGUGCCCUGUGAGGAGGUGAACAUAAAACACCUCGGCGACAACCUCUUCAGCGUGCAGUACUCUGUUCGGGAUCGUGGACGCCACUACAUAAUGGUGAAGUGGGGUGAAACUCACAUCCCUGGCAGUCCUUUCAUCGAUGCGGGGUCGAGGGCGAAAAAUGGGAGAGCGGGAGAGGAGGAGGAGGAGGAGGAGGAGCUGAGUCUGAGGCGUGACCUCAUGCCCUCACAACUGUGCCUUGCAUCUCUAACCCAAGCCUCUCACGUGCAAUAA